AAAGGUGGUCUCGAAGUGUGCCCAAGCCAAUGAUGCCCACGUGCCCCUCUCCCAGACCAACCAGUCCAAGCUCAAGCAGUUCAGAAAGCAGGACUUUCAGCGCAGGAAGGAGUACAAGGAGGAGAUGAGGGAGAUCCAGGAGAGAGUUAAGGGGAGGCCUCUGCUGUUGGAGCAGGUCGCACAGAUGAAUGCCAAACACGCUGCAGAGAAGCACUACACAGACACCCUGCGAGGCUGUGGAGUGAGUGAGGACUUUGUCAGUGGCAAGGUGCCCCAGCGGCCAGGUGGCCAAGACUCUGCAUGCAGGACCUCCUUCUCCAGUGACUCCAAACAAAGUGAAAAGGAUGAGACCGAUACACCAGCUAUUUACAACAUGGUCUUCCAGGAUGACUACCCAGACAAUUAUGAAGACAGCUUUGCUGACCAAGAACUGGAAGGAGAGCAGGAGCCUGAGAAAGAUGAAUUAAAGUCAGAGGAAGAUGAAGGCCAUGACGAAGUAGGGCGGGAGAGGGAGGACAUUAGGCGUUAUUCAGAUGAUUGCGAUUACUCAGAUGCCCAUUACUCAGAUGAUGAUGACCAUUACUCAGAUGCCAGUGAGCAUUACUUGCCCCUGGACGAUGAAAAGAAUGAAGGGAGUGACCUCAUCAAAAGGCCCAAGAGUACAGAGAGCAGCCCAAGCUAUAGAAGCGGCCAGCAMAGCCGAAACAGUCAGAAGUCAGAGAGUGAUAGGGAAAACACAGCAAUAGCCGACAAGAAAAAUUAUGAGGAUGACUGAAAAGUCAAAGGAGUGCAUUUUCUCACACGUAGGCGGACUACAUUGUGCGCAAACGUCUACAACACUGACACACAGUGGUAGAGAUGCUUCUAUUAUAAAAUAGGCUAAAUGUAUGGUAGGAUAUCUGUGAAUAUACAGUAAUAAUGGGAAAUGUGUAAAUAAAAUUGGUUAAUUUCCUGUUUAUUAAAAGAAAAUAGCAAAUACAAUUUAGUGUGAUACACAGACCAGAGUCAAUUGAAGUAGUAGGUUAUGGUUAUACAAAUUGUCACAUUGAACAGUUUAGGGUACUUUUUGUUUUGUGAUAUCCUACUAUGCAGGAAAUACAACACUAUGACCACUUACUUUUGGAUGUUUGUGAUACAUUUUCUUUAGACAAUUAUUUGUCAAUGUUUUGUGACUAAUUAUGUGUAGCCUAACAUUUGCAAUAUAUUUCAGGAUCAUACUUUCAUUUCAUAUAUACAUAACAUUUGGGAACAUAAAGGUGUUAUGUAUUUCAUGUACAUUAUGGGAUAUUUAUACAC